GGGUCGGGCUGUGUGGAUCGGAUCGGAUCGGAUCGGAUCGGGUCUGCAAUAAUAACAGUAUAUAAUAUCUCACUGUCGCCAGAGACAUGGGGAAGAAACUGAAAGUAGGAAAGACCAGGAAGGAUAAGUUUUACCACUUGGCCAAGGAGACAGGUUACCGCUCUCGAUCCUCCUUCAAGUUGAUUCAGCUGAACCGCAAGUUUCAGUUCCUUCAGAAAGCCCGAGCUGUGCUAGACCUGUGUGCUGCUCCAGGAGGAUGGUUGCAGGUGGCGUCCAAGUUCAUGCCUGUCUCCAGUCUCGUCAUUGGAGUGGACCUGGUUCCUAUCAAGCCCAUUCCCAAUGUGGUCACCCUGCAGGAGGACAUCACCACAGAGAAAUGCAGACAGGCCCUGAAAAAGGAGCUGCAGACCUGGAAGGUUGAUGUUUGUCUGAAUGAUGGCGCUCCCAAUGUGGGAGCCAACUGGCAAUACGACGCCUAUUCACAAGCUCACCUUACCCUCAUGGCUCUGAAGCUGGCCACGGAGUUCCUCUCCAAGGGGGGCUGUUUCAUCACCAAGGUGUUCCGCUCCAAGGAUUACCAGCCCUUAAUGUGGAUCUUCCAGCAGUUCUUUAAGAAGGUCCAGGCCACCAAGCCACAGGCCUCCCGAAACGAGUCUGCUGAGAUCUUUGUCGUCUGUCAGGGUUACCUGGCUCCAGAUAAAAUCGAUAAUAAAUUCUUUGACCCAAAACACGCCUUCAAGGAGGUGGAGAUGCAAGCCAAAACCAUCCGUGAUCUGGUGCCAGUCAAGAAAGCGAAGGCUGAGGGAUAUACAGAUGGUGACUUGACUCUCUACCAUCGUUUCUCCGUUACGGAAUUCGUCAAGGCGGAGAAUGCAGUGGACUUCCUGAGCAAGGCCAAUGAGAUUACGUUUGACAGCGAGGACUUGGAGACCCACCCCGAUACCACGGUGGAGAUCCGCGAGUGCUGCCGUGAUGUCAGGGUGCUCGGGCGCAAGGAGCUCCGAGCGCUUCUUAACUGGAGAAGCAAGUUGCGCAAGUUCCUGGCAAAGAGACUGAAAGAUCAAGCGAAGGAACUAGGCCAGGAGAUCAGCCUGGGUUCCAGUGAUGAAGAGAGUGACACAGAGGAGAAAGACAGCAAGGAGGGGAGGAAGGAGGCUGAGCCAGAGAAGGGGAAAGAAGAUGAGGAGGAAGAGGACGAAGAAGAGAUGGAGAAGAGACUGGCAGAGAUAAAAGCAGAGGAGGUGGCAGAGCUGCGCAGGAAGAAGAAGAAGAUCCUGAAGGAGCGCAGGAAGCUGCGGGAACGCGUGGAGCUCAAGAUGGACCUGCCAGGCGUCUCUAUCGCCGACGGCAGCGAAACAGGAAUGUUCUCCCUGAAGACCAUCUCCAAGACCAAGACUCUCAGUGAGAUUGCCCGUGGUGAUAUGAGGAUCGCAGACGCGGUGCUGGUGGAAGGCGGGGCAGGAGAGAAGGAUGACAUCUACCUGUCUGACCAGGAGGAGGAGAUAGAGGAUGAUCAGGUGUCUCUGGCCAGCGACCUCGACUCCGAUGACCUGGAUGAGAUCCAGGAACGACAGAAAGAGCUGCAGAGGAAGAACGUGCCUGCCAAAAAGGUGUCGUUCGCGGGGGGGCUGCAGGACGAGGAGGAGGAUGAAAAGAACGAGCUGCUGGUGGAAUUGGAGGACAGGAGUGAGAAGAGGGACCGCGAGACCAGCCUGUGGUUCGGCAAGGAUAUUUUCACAGAGCUUGAUCUGGAUGCUGAUGCAGACAUUGAGAUCAAACAAACCCAGAAACUGUACAGUGAAAAGGGCUCAGGAGAGGAUGGGAGGAAGGGGAAGGGGAAAAGUAAAGCCACACCCACUGAUCAGGAAGGGGAGGAGACUAAACAGGAAGCUAGAGCAGCAUCGCAGGUCAAAGAUCAGCAGGAAGGAGGAGACAGCGACUCCGAUGAUACCAGCAGCAGCGAGGAUGAAAGUGCAAUCCAGGAUAUGAAGAGGAAUCCAGGGAUGAAAGGAGAGAAGAGAGGCCUGGGGGAGGAGCAGGACUUCGAGGUGGUGCCUGUAGAGAGCACGAGUAAGAAGGCUCGGAUCCUGAACCCCGAGGGACUGGCUUUGGGCACCAUCAUCGCCGCGUCCAAGAAGAAACAACGAGACCUUGUUGACCAGUCCUUCAACAGGUACGCAUACAAUGAGGAGGUGGACGAGGUUCCUGAAUGGUUUCUGGAUGACGAGAAGAAGCACCACCAGCGGAAGAUCCAGGUCACUAAAGAGCUGGUGGAGGAAUACAAGGAGCGCUGGAAAGAGCUCAACGCCCGGCCCAUCAAGAAAGUGGCGGAGGCCAAGGCCCGCAAGAAGAGGAGGACGCUGAAGAAGAUGGAGCAGGCCAAAAAGAAGGCGGAGGCUGUGGUCAACACCGUGGACAUCUCGGAGCGAGAGAAAAUGGCUCAGCUGAAAAGUAUCUAUAAGAAGGCAGGGAUCGGUAAGGAGAAGCGAGAGGUCACCUACCUGGUGUCUAAGAAAGGUGUGGGCAGGAAGGUCCGUCGACCUGCCGGGGUGAAGGGACAGUUCAAGGUGGUGGACGGGAGGAUGAAGAAGGACAUGAGGGGAAUGAAGAGGAAGGAGCAGAAGGCUGGAAAGGGCAGACGGAGGAAAUAGAGACCAGGAAGAGGAGGAGGAGGAAAAUGCAGUUAUAAAGUGCAUUUCCUUGUGUGACGGACUGGGAGUUUGGUUGACUCUAUCCUGGGGGGUAGGUGGUGCAGCUGGGAUAAGUUUGCUUGAAGACGUGUCUGUUUAGAAGGAGCUGAAAGUCUUCAGGGUGCAUCAUUGAGCUCUCCUGGCUGUCUGACAAAUCAGGACGCUGCAGUACAGACUUCAGGAAAUUACAAAUAGGCAAUACAAUAUUAUGUUGUAAAUAAUGCAUUUGUAUGUAUAAAACAAAUUCUCUCUUGCGAUUCAACCCUGGCUUGACAGGCGUUUCUUUGUUUGCUUGUUUCAUUCCUAAUAGCAAGAACUGCUUGAUGAAAAAGCCCUACAACCUGUUGUAAAGCAGUCAGGCACAUGUUUUGUUUCCCCAUUGCCCUCUGUGUAACCUGGAUUGGCACAAGUUUUGUUGCCUCUUUACCCUCUGUGUAACUCUGAUUGUGAAGGGGGACAUUAGAUUGUGUACUUUACAAUAAAAUCUCUUUUUCAAAAACAAA